AGAGGAGCGGGAGGAGGAGGAGGAGCUGGGGAUACGGCCAGCAGGGUGCCCGGCGGGGCGGAGGCGGUGUCCGGCGGAGGGGACCGCUGUCUCUGCGGCGAAGAGCCCGGGCUGGGUGUCCCGGUGCCAGGGAGCGAGCACCGCCCGGCCCGAGCGGCUCCCGGCAGGGCGCGGGGUGCGGCCGCCUCCGCCGGGACUGCCCCAGGAGCGAACCCCGCCUGCAGCUGCAGCCGGUCCCGGUGCCCUCAAGCACCUGCGUUUCUUCCGAGGGCCGCCUCAGCUGCAGGGUAGAAAACGGCACAAAGUUUCCGUGGUUUGAAGGGACUUUUAAACUGGUGCCGGCUCUUGGCGGGAGGCUGAGUGAGUGUGCGGAGGGAGCGGACCGAGCCCUAAUCGCUCCAAGGCACUGCCCUAAGCACAGCUGUUGUAUCUCGUCACCAGGGCUAAUCCAUAGCCCGGUGUGGGUUUAAGCCUGCUGUGCCAGUUAGAGGGCUUGACUUCAAGCCACGUCCUCCUCCCGGUACCCUCUCGGCUCGCCCUGAGUCCGUUUGUCCGCAGGAGCAGCGGGAGCGCUGGUGCCAAAGCAGAGACACACGGAGCACGAUGUCCCUGGCAUCCUGGUUCAGGUGGAACGAGCCCCCAAACCGCAUUUCCCAGAGGAGCCCCACGGAGAUGGUGGUGGAGACGCUGAUGAUGGAGCUGAGCUGGCAGAUGAAGCAGGCCGAGAAGCAGCAGCGCGAGCGCGAGAACGAGUACCGGCGCAUGAAGAGCGGCGUGGACUACGGCUGGCUGGUCAGCUACCCCAAGCACAGCUACGACAUCAGCCCCGGGGAGAGGCUGCAGCUGGAGGACAUGUGCACCAAAAUACACCCUUCCUACUGCGGGCCUGUCAUACUCAGGUUCAGGCAAGUGGUUGCGGAGUACGAACCAGAGGCGCAGGAAGUAUCCCGGCUCUUCCGCUCCGUUCUGCAGGAAGCUGCUGAGAAGAUCAAAGAGGAGGAAGAGGCCAAGAAGCUUGCAAGGCAGUGGAACACAAAGAACAGAACCAGCCUCUCCUUAACAACAUUUAAAUCUCGGUCCAGGAUCUCCCCAUUCAUCAGUGACAUCAAGACCAUCUCUGAGGAUGUGGAACGGGGCACCCAGCCCAACAGGAGGGUUUGGAGCAUGCCAGAAUUUCGGAACACCAAGGACUUCUGACUCUAUACUCAAUAAGGUUUUUAGACACUGAUCUUUCAAAGCCCAGUUAACCCUUUUUUAACUCUACUGUUCUUUUUUCCAUCUUUCUUUUCCUGCCUGUCUCUGUCUUGGAAGCUGUGUCUGUAGUAAGCGCUGCUGAUGCCUGCAGCCUGUCACACCAUUUAUUACCAAACAUGGUAGCCUUUCCUGUAACUCAGUAGCUGUUCAGAACCUUGAGGACCUUAAGGCUCAUUUACUAUCUCAUUUUUAUUACUGCUUUCUUGUGGAAAAUGAAUUAGUUUUGCUAUGUCUGUCUUCUCCCUUUCCCCUCCAGCCUGGAUGUAGUUAUCUAUAAAAACUUUUGGCUCAAGCUACUGAGAGCUGCUGGCUGCACCAAUCUUGCUGAAAGCAAGACAGCCACUUAAAUGAGUGAGGCUUGCAGGAUCAGGCUUGUGAGCUAAAGCUAGUAUCUGAUUUGGAACUGAACUUCCUUUUCCAACUAAUAGCCUUCCUCAGUGCUACAACAAACUUCACAGGUAACCUCAGCACUGCUCUUGAUCCGCUUUUUUUGCUGACAGUUCACAAUCCAACCUGGGCAGAAACAGACCCAAGCUUUUUGAGAUUAAAGACCAAUCAUGUUCCACAACCACCAGUUUAUGCAUGUUCAAGUUUCUUGGGUACUUUCUCUUUUGUGCAGGCAGAACCCCCAGAACUUUGCACUGCAGAGCAGAUAGAAAUGUAUCACCCUGCUGUGUAGAUACAGAGGUGGAUACCUCAGUGCUGUGUCAAGUGCUAUUCUGGGGCCUCAGUGCUCUGUGCUGCUGAGCUAAGUGCUCUACCCUACACCCCAGACAUUUAACAGAAAUCACCCUACACCCCAGAAAUUAAUAUUUAUGGCCAAGCCUGAAAGAGGGCUGAAGUAGAACAUCCAUGUAAAGGGAAGGGUCUCAGCAUUCAUCUCCAGGGCUCUCUGUACAGUGGCAGCAGUUGAGAUCAUGUGAACAUUUGCUGCUGUGAGUGACUGGAGUGCUCUGGCAGAUGUUCUUCCGAGACCUUGAAGAGACAGGAAAAUGCCACUAAGGAAAAGCUGCUAAGGCCCUAACUCAGCAUUGGCAGCGAGAGCUCUCACCAGCAAACAUCAGGGCACACUGUGAAAGUCAAGUGUCCUGUGGAGAACCCAGGGGCUAGGAUGCUUUGUGGUGACCAAGGGGCGAUGGGGAAUGAAGAGAGGGACUUGCUUGGAUGAUUGGCUGCUGGGGAAUCAUCUCAGUGGGGUACAGCCUCCUGGAGGACCCUGUAGCUUUGUUGUUCUUUUGUCCGUUUUCAGCUAUUUUUCCCUGGGGAUCUUUGCAACAGCAUGUGGGUUCUACAGCCAAGAUUAAAACCCUCUGAAGCUGUGCCAACUCUGGGAAGAAUUCCAGUGCAUGAAAUCUAUCUUAGACUAGAAAUGUGCAGCUUCUUCCAGAGAUGGAGGAAGGCAGCAUAAAACAAAGAUCAAGAUCAACCCCCUAGAGCUCUCUGAGACUGGGAUUCUGACUCUUCCUCUCUCCCCUCUGGGCUAUGUGAGAUUGAAGACAAGGCUUUCUUAGCAGCAGCAGGCUGCAGUUUCUAUCCCUUGGUAAACAUUGCUGCCAGCAACCCUCCUAGGGACAGAAAGCAGCUCACUGUUAAUCAAAAAGUCAGGGCUUCCAAAUACAGCAUCCAGUUUGGGACAGGCUAUUCCAAGUUUAGGUCAAUGAGGGAGAGUUUAAAGCCUUCUGACAAGCAGCUUAGUGUUUUUCAGCCAUAUGUCUUUGUGAAGUAACGUGAUUGUGCAAAUGAAGUAAAAACCAAGGCUAGACAUACUUAGCAUAACCUUAGCUGUCUAGAAGAUGUAGGAUCUCUAGCAGGGGGUCACCACAAUUUGCAGAAACAAUUCUUGUUUGGAAAAGAGUCAGCCAUAUUUUUUUUUAAUAUAUUUGCAAGCCACUGUAUGGUACUGAAGACUGAGAUGAGUUCAUGAAUUUCACUCUGCAGCUCUGUUGUCAUUUUAUUUGCACUUCUGUUCCAUUUGGCACCUUCAGUAUUGACUGCAUUGAUGAGAUGUUCGAUGGGCUGCUGGGAGACACGGGACCUUCUGCCACACUGCCACACAGCUCUUUGUUUCAGCACAGUGUCUGUAGCAUGCUCACUCUUUCUAAGGAGAAUCAGCAGUAAGUACCUGCCCUGCAGCAAUGUUGUAAGCCAAGGAAAUCCCCGAUGGGUGUUCACACUAUCACAGUGGCCUGUGAUUGUGCUGUAUCCUUCAUUAACAGCUUCCAGCUGGCAGACACCAUUCUGGUGCAGCCAAGGAGACAGAGCUGACCUUUGGUCAAAGCCCUGCAUGUUAUGGAGACCAGGCUGGGGCACUGCUUGUGACAGCUGUUUUGCCUCAAUUUACCUAUAAUUUAUAAUUCCACAAUAAAAUGCAAUCCAAACUCUUGAACAGUAGUAUCACUCUCCCUGUAUCACUUCUGGAAGUUACACUGGGCUCACAGUGGGAUCUGAUGGUAGAGGGAUAUUCAGAUACCAAGCUAGGAGAGAUCUAUUCUAUUCCAUGCUAUCUAGUACUCUUACAGGGGUAGAAGUGGUACCAUGUUUGCCUGCAGCCAGCUGCUUGGAGAUGACUGAACUCCUGCACUGUGUGUGCAGCAGCAGGGACUGAGGCAGAGCUGGGGGUGAUCAGGGUGCACGACUGCUGCGCUGCUUCUGGUGCUCAUUUUUCUUAGAAAUGCUGUACACUGAACCUUAAAUGAUCCUUUGGUCUCAGCAUGCAGCAACAACUGUGCACUCAUAUUUGCCUUGUCCUAAUUCCACAUUUGGCACGGCUAAAUUAGUGUCAGUUCAAAUGAGGAGCAUGAAACUCCUGACUGUCCCCACCUACUGUGCUAUGGUCCAUGGCACUGGGCACACACAGCAGGCCAACCAGAUUGUUUCUGGCUAAAGCCAACCCAAAUGAUCCAUUGCAGGUGGCUCACAAACCAUAAAUCUGCACUAAUGGUCGUCUGAAACAAACUCUUAUGAAACUUGUGUAGUGUGAAGAUCAGGUCCUCUUUGGUAACUGUUUGACUCCACAGCUCUGUUCCUCCUGGGCUGCACUACUUGCUAGUGUAGAAAAACAAACAAAAAAAUCUUGAUGAGACCCUCUGAUCUGUUUUUAGCACCUCCUGAGAGCUUGUCCUGUGUCUUAAUUCUUUAAGGACAAUGAAACAUUAACUAUCGGCACAUCAUCAUUAACAAGCAGAAGUGAACUGCUUGUUAAUGUUGAGCAAGAAUUAUUUUAAAUCCUCAAACUUUCUUUCAGAAGGCUUUUGGUAUCAGCUCAGAGCAUCACUGUGGCCCCAUUGCUGACAGUGUUGUGCUGUCCAAAGGACACUGUCACAAAGGACACUGUCACACCCAGAAAGAAGCAGUCCUAGACUUGCUACACCUGCUAAUAAGUAAUGGCAGCAGCUCAGCCAUGCUGCCCAGCUUCCAGGGGCUGGCACUCCUUAGAGCCACUGCUCUCCUGCGGGAGCUGUGCAGUCCUGCUCCUGUGGCUUCUAGAGGUGAGCCUGGCCAUGGGCUGUGCCAGCCAGAAAGGAUGUGCAGGCAGGGGCUGAGGUUCCUCACCCACAGCAGCUCAGAGUUCAGGCACCUGUCAUGCCAUGGGGAAUUGGAGUAAGCUCUGAGGGAAAUACCUGUCUGCUGACACUGCACUGUUUAUACAUUUCAACACAGAACCUUGGAGAAUUAAAUCACAGCUGUGGAAUAUAAACCAA